UUUGCAGAUUUGCGGAAGUGUGAGGAGCGAGGAGAGCUGCUGCUGCCGAUUCUCUUCUUCCUUCUGGUCGUGAUGUCAGUGCUCUUAUACUUCGCCGUGUCUUUAAUGGACCCUGGCUUCGUUCUCGACGACACCGUCAAGGGUUCAAAUGAAGAGAUGGAGUCGAUGAUUCCUCAGUCUUCGACCUCUCGGCUGCGGCGCUGCGGAUACUGUCUGCUGCAGCAGCAGCCAAUGAGAGCGAAGCACUGUCAGACGUGUAAACGCUGCGUCCGCCGCUUCGACCACCACUGUCCCUGGAUCGAGAACUGCGUAGGAGAGAGGAACCACCGCUGGUUCAUCGUCUACCUGCUGGUGCAGCUGCUCGCUCUGCUGUGGGCGCUUCACAUCGCUCUGUACGUCCGAUAAACACCAGCUUUCCGCCUUUAAAUCUUUUCUACACGACAUGAUUCAAGUGACCCAGUUUCGAUUUCGGAUAUCUGUCACGAACGUGUAAACAGGAAAAAAACCCACAUGAAAUCGGAUAAUCUCAGAUCAUUUUUAGGCCUCAUUCAUAUGUGGAAAUAAAUCAUCGUAGGUAAUUUGAAAA